UAAUGAACCAAUCAGAUGCUUAAGCUAAAUAGACGUAUCUGUACUGUUUUGACCGUAAGGUCGGACUGUUUUGAUGCAGUUAGCGGAAAUGUUGACAUGAAAAUGUAACAGGAGGUCUGGAUUAUCGAAUUUAUUUCCAUCGAUAGAACAUAUUCCUGUAUAAUAAUAGUUAACCAGGGCAGACAUGUUGCAAAUAACGCAACAGUUUUUUCUCCUUCGACCUUCUCAGAGAAUAUCAAGAAUGCAUCGAGUUAACACUGUGUUUACAUGAACUAGCGGUGUCGAGCUGAACUGGCUUUUUUGUUUUGUUUGUUGUUAUAGGUUAUUUCGUGUAUCCUCCUAACUAAUGUCUAUCGCUUGAUAGCUGUGUGCUAUUGCAAAAGCUUGCAUUUCAGGACAAAUCAUUGCUGUCUCCGCCGAAAUGGACCCUCCAAAUACACUGUCCAUGUUACUGUUCGUCUCCGAGCAAUGACACUGUCCUUUAUCCUGCUCCUUGUCAACAUAACUGGCUGAGCUAAACUUUCCCGGUUUAGUUUUCUAUGACACUCAAAACUUAUGCUCGACUAGAUUCGUUGGAAUCGCUGCUCAACGAACUUCCCUGUAUGUUUUACCUGGGCCUGUUUUUUGUGAACGUUUUGAUCCUCUACUAUGCCUUUCUAAUGGAAUACAUCGUCCUGAAUGUGGGGAUAGUGUUUCUACCGGAAGAUAUGGACCAGGCGCUGGUGGACCUAGGGGUACUAUCCGACCCGGCCUCUGUCCCUUACGACACGGACACAGAACUCGAUGUUUUCGAGAGGUACCUGGAGUGAGCUGAGGCCCAAGGCUAGAGAGGCAGAGAGGCUGCACCGGCAU